AUGCUUGGUGCGUGGAAGCUCAAAAAUCAAAUGGAAGUGCAAGAGCUCAGUAAAAACCUUUUCCUUUUUCGAUUUGCAAUAAAGAGAGAUCUAGAAAGCGUUUUGAAGAAUGGACCGUGGAGUUUUGACAUAAAUCUUUUGAUCCUCAGUAGGAUUUCAGGAGAAGAGCAACCUUCAGAUCUGAACAUGCACUAUGGUAUUUUUUGGGUUCGUAUCUAUGAACUGCCUUUAAUGCUCAGAUUCAAAGCAAAGACGAAGAAGAUUGGAGGUAUACUUGGGCAGUUUGAGGAAUUGGAUACGAAGGAAGCACACGGGAAUGAGCGUUUUCUGAGGAUUAAAUUCACAAUAGAUUUGAAGAAGCCUCUUAAAAGGGGAACAAUGGACACCAACUCAAGGAUUGUGAAGUUAUUGGGGGAACUUAGUGAAGAGGGCUUUGAAGACCUUGAAGAUCAGGAUCUAUCAUUUGGAACUUGCCUGAGGGCUUCUCCUUCACCAAGGGUUCAAGAGGAAAUGAGGAAGAAAGACUGUACCUCAAGUUCAUGCAGCAAAAGCCUAUUUAAUAUUUCUUCCCGUCAUAGCAGAUGCAAGACAAGGGAAAUAACCAAUUGGUAG